AUGCGCGCCAUUAGCGGAGACGACGAAUUCUUCAGCACGUUUUGGCGCGUCGUCCGCAAUUCGGGUCUCGACACGAAAUUGGCGGCGAUUCAGUUUCUCAAUCAGACGCGAAUGAUUUUUAAGAAUUCCGAGAUGAUUGACGGUGUCUGCGGACUUUUGGACGAACGACAUCCGAAGAUGUCGCGUCUCGUCAUCCGAUUUCUUUCCGUCAACUUUCCGAUCGACUCGACGGCGUUGACCGACGCCAACGUGGUGAUGCUCGUGAAAUCCUGCUUGGCGAACUUCUCUCAUGAGGAGGAUAUGGCCUAUGAGAAGCUCCUUGAUUAUCUCUUCAGUAAUUCUGAAUCCGAAGCUCGCUCAACGCGAUUAAUAAUUGCGGCGAUCGAGCAAUUCGUCAAAGGCUCGGCUCUCGACUUCUCAUUUCUCGCUUUCUAUCAAUUCAACGAGGAACGCGGUUGGGCACUGCCCGAGAUGAAGGUGAUCACCCUUCUGAAUCACAUUCAUCGCAAUCCGACCGUCUACCGAACGAUAUUUCACAAGGUGUUCCCAUUGUGCAUCCGCAACAUCAAUAUGAUCUAUCGGUGGAGCUCGACGAUGGACGCGCUCAACGUUCUGAUGGCGCCGAUCGACGCGGCGACGAUUUGGGCGUCGAUCGGCGAUUAUUGCGAGAAGAAGAUCGCCGAGGGUCUCGCCGCGAAUCUGUCCGAACUUGUGCCGAUGUUCUCGGUAAUCAUGGUGCCGUGCGUUCGAAGCGAUCCCGAGCAGCAGCUUAAGAUCAUCGAAACGAUGUUGCGCGCGCUGAACACCAAGACGAUACUGGACACGUGCGAGCCGAAACAUCUCGAGAAGUUGUAUUUCGGUGUAUUCAAUACUGCCUACGCGAUCGGCGAGGCGCGUCCGGCGCGCGACGGCAACACUUUCGAGCGACUCAUCUUCAUCGUCUUCGAGACGCUUCUGUUUCUAUGCGACACUUUCGAGGCGUCGCGAAGUCGUCAGAUGCGCGCGCUGUUCGAGACGACGACGCAAGCCAUCCACAAAAUGCUCGUCAGGAUUCCGUUGGUGGCUUCCCGGAAUACCGCCGACACCGAUCGAUUGCCAGGACUGAUUGUCAAGAUUCUACAGAUUAUUGAUGUUCGCGGGUGGAAGUUUCUCGUAGACAACGAGAAUCUCGAGUUCGACAACUUCAAGAUUCGAAUCACGCUGACGAGAACAUUGCACAAUCUCUACAAACAUUCGACAGCGGCGAUUCGCCGCCACGACGAGGCGCUUCGACAUUUCGACGUCGUCGACGCCAUGCGAUUGGCGCCGAUACUCGGCCGCGUCGAUUAUCGCCUCAUCGUCUCGUCGCGAAUCUUUGAGAAGGUCGCCGAGGUGAUGUGGUUCGGAAUGGGACGCGUUCGCAUCUCGUACAACUAUCUCGAGACGUCGCAGUUUCUCAACGACAUCGACGUCACCGAAGGCAACAUCAUUCAGCAUAUGAUUGUCGGCGAGUUGUGCUCCGACGAUACGCGUGUUCGCAAUCAAGCCAUCGAAAAAAUCGUGUCUCCAUACAUGGCUCUAAGCGAUCUGAUGCCGGGCCAUUGGAACACCGCAACACUCGGCAACAUCCCAUCAAUCCGGUUGCUUUUAAUCGAUAUCUAA